AUGCCCUCUAUCCUCAACCUCAAGUUCAAGGGUAACAAGAGUUUCGUUGCAUUCAGCAAUCUCAACGACAGCGAGUCCCUCACCAAGACCUGGAAGGUCUGCACCAAGGUAGCCAGCUACCUUGAGCAGGGACAGCGCCUCGAGAAUCUGAGUUGGCGGCUAUGGCAUCUCCAGAAUCUUAUGGUCGACACCGACAAUGCCAAGUCCAAGCGGGAGUUCAAGAAGCUUUCGAAGUGUAUGGGCGACAAGCUGGACAAGGAGAAGGGAAGGAGCAUUGAGGAGCUCGAGGCCCCGGACUUCAAGUCAAGCCAUUCGAUAGAAAUAAUCCGCCAGCGGGCGGUAGAGAAGGAGCGCAGCCGAGAAGCGAGUCAGAACGCGAAGCCGGGCACCAUUAAGCGCAUGCAGUUCACUUUCAGCGUCGACCAGCCUUCGCCUGCCGUCAAUACUCCCGUACAGAAACCCGACCUCAAACCGUCUCCCGAGUUCCACAAACGACCCAGAGCCGGGGCUCGCUACGAAAGCGAUGACCACGACAAAGACUUUUCCUUUACACAGCGCGGGCGCAAGGAAGCCGACCAACAAUAUUUACGAUUCCCACCUAUUUUCUCUAAUGACUUCGGUCCUACGGCUCUCUUAUAUCCUGCUCCCACUCUCACGACACGCAUGAACUACGGCGAAGCACACCAUCCCUCGGGUGCCAGCAGUGAUGGUUUCAGUAUCAUGCGACCCACCAUCGAGCUUCCACUUGAUGAACUCCUCACUAACGUGGACGCCAGUGAAAGCCCUCCUGUGGCGUCACCCUCGCCACCUGUCUCAUCUUACGAAUUACCUUCUCAAGAUAUGUACAACUCGGCAGCGUCCGCACAGCAGGACACAGAUAUUCCCAUGACGAACGGUUCUUCCUCCAGCUCUUCUUCGUCUAGUAACACUGGCCUCUCCGAUGACAGCAGUAGCGACAGCGAUGACGAGGACAGCGAUGAUUUCAUGGCACCUUUGGGCAAGGUACCUCCCAUUGCUGAUACUCCCGCGACUGUGGCGCCUUUCAAGGUCAAUUCUCUCCUUGAAAGCAUCGCUAGAUCCAAUACGCCUACCGGGCGGCCGUCCCUUACCGUUCGAACUUCCGGAACCCCCAACACACGAUCUUCUGGGCCAGGCGCCACUGCGACGAGUCUAAACAACUCCGUCUUGCGCAGUGUCACAACUACGGCUAAUAAUUCAGCGCCCGGUGGCGUGAAGGCCGAGUGCUCAAACUGUGGUGCUACCCAUACACCGCUCUGGAGACGCGGACUCAACGACGAACUCAACUGCAAUGCUUGUGGUCUUUACUGCAAAUUGCACAAGCGCCCUCGGCCGAAAACGAUGCGUAACACUCAUGGGGAGGGCCGAACGCAGUCUACUCCUCGCCAAGAAUCCGUAGAUGUCAUGGCACAAUGCUACAACUGUCACACCACUACCACCCCUUUGUGGCGCAAAGACGAUGAGGGUAAAACUGUUUGUAAUGCAUGCGGUCUCUACUACAAAUUACAUGGGUCAGCACGUCCGAUAUCCAUGAAGUCAGAUGUAAUCCGCAAACGUUCACGUCAUGAUGCGCGUCGGGCUGCGAAUGGCAGCAGCGACACUCCGUCAGCCAGUCCUGGAGUGAGUCGUCGUGCUUCUCCCGUGCGAGAGUCUUCUCCGACUCUCGCGCCGGACUCGACGACUCAGAUGACCUACGAAUACAACGAAGAAGUCGAGUAUCGCUCCACGCAGUCCGAGUUGAUGGGCGCGUUGGGCCAGGACAUGAACCAAGGACCAAUGUACCAGAGCAUGUUCAAUUUCCAGUUCCCGGGCCCCUAUCAUCCCGACCAGAUUAACCAGCUUGCCUUGCAAGCGGACGCCCUUCCCUUCGCCACCGUCGAUUUCGAAUCCGACCAGAGUCUAUCGCAGAGGAAAAAUAAGCGUCGUAGAAUGAGCACCGACUCGGCUUCUGAGCCACCUUCUUCCGCUGUUUCCUAUUCCUCCUUUACGGAUGGGUAUUCCACAGCUUCUUCGGCUACUUCACACUCUCAGCGAUCGUCGAUGGAUUUCCCUUUCAGUAACUACGCGUCGACUUCUUACGGCGGAGGUUUUCGCGGUGUAGAGGACCCGUUCUGGCAUCCACCUUUGCAGGCUCAGAACGACAAUUCUCCGCAGUUCUGCCAUCCUCCCAUGCUUCCACCGGACCAAGACUCUCCCAUGGAUUAUCUUCACCCGCCUGCGGGGAAUAUGCCAAUGCAAGAAGAAGAAUCAUUCUUUUCAACAUACCUACAUCCUCCGAUGAUGUUGCCCGAUGAUUCUCCGUCGAAUCCGAUGCAAGGCAACGGCAUGCAGGCUAUGUCCCCUCCUGCACUGAUGUACCCAGGCAACACUAAUGACUACCGUUCGCAUGGGUAUGAUACUCACAUGCGGACGUAUUAG